UAUCUUGCGAUCCAGUCAGUAACUCUUUGAUCACGGGCUUGUAUUCCAUCGUGUUGAAACGAAAAAUCAAAAUGAAAACAAUCGUUAUCUUGCUCGCCGUUUCUUUCGUCGCCGUCUUGGGUGACGAGGAAGGCCACGAAAAAUGGAAACAGAUUAAAGAAGAAUGUAUCAAUGAAUCUGGUGUCGAUCCGGCCGUAAUUGAAAAAGCAAAGAAAGGGGAACCAGAUGACAAUGACGAAAAAUUAGCCUGUUUCGAUACCUGUAUAUUAAUGAAAUUCGGAACUUUGAAAGAGAAUGGAGAAGUUGAUUGGGACAAAGUUCAGGAGCACAUGUUAAAACGUAAUAAAUCGCCAGAAGAAUUCAAUAGAGUACGUAGUGAAUGCGCUAACGUUGAUGGAGAGGGUUGCCAAAAGGGAAAGAAUUUGAUUAAAUGUUUCAAGCAAGUCGUCGGCGAGCUUUGAGCGAAUAAAACCAAAUUCUGCAAGAAAAUCGAAUUGGAACUAUUAAAGAGAUUUUAAUGUCAUCUAUCGUCUAUUAUAUUUUAGAUAACAUUAAAAUAUUAUCUUGCACAUGUGUUAAUACAAAACUAUAUUGAUAAAAAAUUAAAUACACGUUUCGUUUUAGCAAAACAA